AUGUCAUCCAACAAACUAUUCCUCUACGACCACCCAGUCUCAUCCUACGCCCAAAAAGUACGCAUGGCCCUCCGCCACAAAGGAAUCCCCUUCGAAAAACAAACCCCCCCAAACCUAGGCAGCGGAGCCUCAAAUCCAGAUUUCUCCUCAGCAAACAUCCGAAAGGAAGUCCCCGCUCUCAUAGACGGGGACUUCGCAAUCUUCGACAGCACAGCAAUCCUCAUGUACCUCGAAGAAAACUUCCCCACAACCCCCAAACUCCUCCCCGAUUCCCCCCAAGCACGCGCCUCGGCUCGCAUGAUUGAGGAUGUAUGUGAUACGCAUUACGAAGCGAUAAAUUGGGCCAUUGGAGAAAUCACCUGGUUCGAACGCGCCACGGGUCCUGAAGCCGAGAGAUUGUUGGCUGCGGCUGUGGAACAGACGAAGCAGAUUCAAAUUUGGUUGGAAGGAAAAUUGGGAGAUAAACCAUAUUUCUCAGGGGAGAAGAUUGGGUAUGCGGAUUUUGCUGUUGCGCCGAUUGUGAAUCGUAGUGUGCAUUAUGGUACGGCGUAUGGGCCUGCGGAGGGAUGUGCUUUGCAGCUGUGGCAUGCUCGUGUUAGUGAGAAUGUGCAUGUGAUGGAGACUUUUGCGGAGAUGGUUGAGGGAAGUAAGGCGAUGAGUUCUUUGGGGCCGAAUUUGUGGACUGGGGGGAGACGGAGGGAGUAUAGAGAUCAUCGGUUGGAGUUUUUGAUCAAGAAUGGAGGGAUUGGGAUUGUGCUAAAGGGUCUGGAGGAUGAUAAUAUUCGAUUCUCGUGGCCACAUCCUAAAUAG